UGAGAGAAUAAUAGAGGGCAAGAAAGAACACGCAUGCAUAAUUGAUACGACAGCGUAACAAGCUUAAAAAGCCCGAGUUUGUUAUAAACACACAGAUUACAACUGCUUUGAUCUAGGGUUUCGUUUCAUCAGUUUCUAUUUUAUAUUGAUGUAGGCACAUUUUGGUGCUGAUGGUAUUGGAUAAGAUUUUUUACUUCAUAUAGCUUAGAAGAAUUGUAGCAAUUUAACAAUUCAGUAUGAGCCCGGUCAGGAGAAGUUCACCACGGUCCAGGAGGUUCCGUAGCCGUGAUCGAGAGCACUAUCGUGAUGCACCGUACAGGAGGGACCAAAGAAGGCAAGAUUAUUUGUGCAACAAGUGUAAGCGGCCAGGUCAUUUCGCUCGAGAUUGUCCAAAUGUGACUGUUUGCAACAAUUGUGGAUUUCCCGGUCACAUUGCUGCUGAGUGCACUUCCACAACAAUGUGUUGGAAUUGUAAAGAACCAGGACACCUGGCGAGUGAAUGCCCCAAUGAUCCAGUUUGUCAUAUGUGUGGCAAGAUGGGUCACCUAGCCCGUGAUUGCUUUCACCCAAGCUUGCCAACUUAUGAUUCAAGGCUUUGUAAUAACUGCUACAAGGCAGGCCACAUUGCUGCUCACUGUACCAAUGAGAAAGCUUGCAACAACUGCCGCAAAACUGGUCACCUUGCCCGUGAUUGUAGCAAUGAACCUGUAUGCAACUUAUGCUACAUAUCGGGUCAUGUGGCUCGCCAAUGUCCCAAGGGGAGUUUGCCAGAACCAGAAAUGUUUGGAGGGCCUUUCCGUGACAUUAUCUGCCAUACUUGCGGACAUCCUGGUCACAUAUCCCGUGACUGUGUGUCCAUAAUGAUCUGCCAUAAUUGUGGUGGAAUGGGUCACAUAGAAUAUGAAUGCCCUUCCAGAAGAUUGUUUGAUCGCGGGUCUCGUAGGUAUUAUUGAUGAGUUCAGACAGCAGUUACUAUAGUCAACAGGUUGAGACUGAUUCUAAAAAAGAUCCAGACUGUGGAAAACUUUUAUAGGAUUGUUUUCAAGAGAUUGCUGGAAUCUCUUUCUGCCAUAUUUUUCUACUCAGAUACAUGUCAAGAGAUCCUGGAAAUCUCUGUUCUAGUUUUUUUAGUUUAUGUUUCAAGAAGAGAAUUUUAAAUUGAGAAGAUGACCAUUAUAAUA